AGCAGCGUUCAGCGCGAGAGCCUGGGACUAGGCUGCAAGACAACUAUUAAAAAGUAGCGAUUAUCACAUUUAAAGUCUCUGAACCGUCAUUUAAGCAUGGAAAAUCCCUUACUAUCGCACUUGGAAGGCAUGUUAACACGUAACGAGGAACAAGCUGCGUCUAGAACCUACUCAAAAGAUGAAAAGAACCAUGCUAAGAACAUGCUUGAAAGAAUGUAUAAAUGUUAUGAAGAAGGCAAAUUUUGUGAUGCCACCCUUGUUGUGGGGGAGAACGAAAUCAAGACACACAGGUUGGUGUUGACUUCGCUUAGUGAAUAUUUCAGUGGGCUGUUUGAUAACAACUGGAAAGAUAGCAAACAGGACAAAAUUGAGAUUAAAGAGUUUGAUGAAGCAACACUGAAAUGUAUACUUCAUUUUGCCUACACUGAAGAGUUGCAGUUAAACCCCAGUAAUGUGCUCAGGGUUCUCGCUGCUGGCAAUUUCUUGCAGUUGUUCGAAUUGGAUUUCAUUAAAGUAUCAAUUGGUGAUUAUCUAGAAAAAAAGGUAAAUAACGAUAACUGUCCAGCAAUGCUUGUUAUCUCAGAACAAUUUAACGUGGUAAAAAUGAAGAACUUUUUGGUAAAGUAUGCUGCUAGAAAUUUUUCUGGAGUAAGUCAGUCGGAGGAUUUCCUUGAACUAUCAGUUGAAUUGCUUGUGGAGAUUCUGCAGAGUAAGGUGUUGGUCGCUGAUUAUGGCAGAGAUUUUUUACCACUGCCAACAGAACAAGAGGACUUCAUUUUGGACAUUGUGCUAAAAUAUGUUUCUCAUCAAUGUGAAAAUGAGCAGCAAACAGAUUUACUUCUAAGCAAGCUUAUACAUUACAUUCAUUUCCAUUGUCUAUCGGCUUUAUCACUGGAGAAACUGUGCUGCUAUGCUAGCAAUCCAAGUUGUAGUAGAACUCUGGAGUUGAUAAAGCAGGCAAAGGAAGAAAUUGAAGCUGAAGAUGACGAGCUUGUCAAGUUAUGGGGAACCGAACGUGAAGGAAGUAUUUCAAAAGAAAGGUGUUGCAAAAUCCAUGCUGAUCGAGUUCAUGUUGGACCAACACAAACAACAUUUGGUGAUGAAUCGUUUACUCGUGCACCUCAUUUGUUCAUUCGAGGAAUGCAGAUUUGGAUUCGUUUAUGGGACAAUCGUCCUGUCAUUGGUGGAUUGAAGGUGUUCUACAGUAAUGGCGAAUCACCCAUGUAUGGUGGUGAUGAUGAAGACAGUGAAGUCUAUGAGUUUCACCUUGGUGAUGAUGAACGUAUUGUGAAAGCUGAAGUCAGGUCUGGUUGGAUGGUUGACAGUCUUAUGUUCUUCACCAAGAAACGUCAGGGGCUAGGUCCAUAUGGUGGAGAUGGUGGGACUAAAUACACUGAGGAACCAAAGGGUGAGUACGGCUUCUUGAGUUAUCUAAAAGGUGCUGUUGUGAAUGCACAAGGCAAGCUUGGUAUAGCCAAACUUCAGCUGAUUUGGAAAGAAUACUUGGUUGAUGAGUGCGAUUCUGAUGGAGUUGAUAUUGAAGAUGGUGAUCGCGAUAGCUCAAUCUCGUCAGAAUGCUCACAGUACAUGACGUAUACAUCUGAAUCUGAAUAGUCGUAAACAUUAAGAGAGAAUUAAAAAGGGCAAAUCAUUCCCAAAAAGCGUAUGAGAUUUUUGGGCAUCCAAAUGCAAUUUUAUAGUGUCAGACUUUUUUCUACUUUUUGUUGUAAAUAAAACUAUAUUUUUGGCAACAAUGACAUUACCAAAAACCAUGUUCCAUAUAUUCCUUAGCUGCUAAAAAGAAUGCACAGUCAAUAUAUAUAUAUAUAUAUAUGAAUAGGCUUUAGUCAUGUUGGGCAAAUACAUGCCACUGUUGGGAGCCACCUUAAUUAGUGUAGGAUUAAACCUAAUUUCUGUAAUUUUGAAUAUUCCUGUGACAAAUGGUAUCAAAUGUAAGUCAAUAAUAAUUGUUACUAUUAGGGGCUGAGUGCAUGGGUCUAGUUGUUCUGAUUUGGGUGGGGCAAUUCUAUUGAUGCCGUAGCUUGUAUAAUAAAUACUAUCAAGAGCAAUCAAUAUAUAAUGCAAUCGACAUGGGAAACUGGCCAACUCACCUAGCUGGGACCAGACCGUCCCCAGCAGUCUUGCCCAAGCAGAGCCUGAUGCAUGUGAACCUCCACAUGUCCACUUCUGUUCUCUUCUCCACAUGUUAUCUAACUAACGUGACUUAAACUGUACUGCAAUUAAAUCCAAUUGAUUCAUACAAUUGACAAGUGCAGGACAAGAUUCAGUGCAAGACAAGUUUUCUUGAAGGUCACAG